UGUUGCUGUGAUGACUCAUCAACGAGCACAACACCAGAAGACAACAACGGUGAUGAGCGGUGGGAGGAAGAACCCGUUUGCACUGGAUGACAGCGGUGAUGAGAGCGAGGAGGACGAGGAGGAGGAGGAGGACGAGGACGGUGUUGAGGGAAGAGCUGUCGGACAGCAGCAACAACGACAGCAGCAGCAGCAGCACAGUGGAAGACCGGGGAACCCAUUUGUUGUGGCGUCGUCGUCAUCAUCAGCAUCAGCAUCAUCAUCAUCACGGCGGAAGAACCCGUUUGCCUCAGAGAGCGGGGAUGAGGACGAUGAGGAUGCUGGCAAACCUGGGGCAGCGCUUCGGCGCGGCGGAGGCAGAUUGGAUACCCAGCAAGAGGAGCCCGAGCAGGAGAAAGCGAAUGCAGGUGUGUCAGAAGCAAAGGAGGAAGAAGAGCUGCAGUUUGUAGCCGCGACAUCCAAGCCACAGGCGAGGGACACACAAGGCGACAUGGCUAGGCACGAUGCUGGUGGUGGGCGGAGUGCCCUCCACACAGAGGAUCGCGAGGGUGACAUGGCGGGCAUGGACCUGGGUGUCCUGAUGCACUCUAGCGAAGGUGAUCAGCGUGAUAUCCUUUCGGACUCAGAUCAGCAGCAGGAACAGCAGGAGCAGCAGGAACAGCGGCGGCGCCAUGGCUUCUUCGAUAUGGAGUCCUCAAGUCAGUUGAGUAGCCCAGCGCCAGCCGCGCCAGACGAGGAAGAUUUGCCCACGACCACUGCCGUGAAGGCGCAGCCUUUGGCGGCAGCGCGAGCACCGGCAUUGAGUCCAGCCCAAGUCCGCCACGGCACGACCGCCCAGGCCUUUCAGGACGUCACCAAUGUAUCGCAGCUGCGGGGCAUGCUGGAAGCGGUGACACAGGAAAACGCAGAGCUGAAGCGCCUUCUUCGAGAGCGGGACGCCGAAGCACGUGUUCGCCGACAGCCCCGCGUCUCUGCGCGCGAUGCGUUUCUCAUGUUGGCCCGCGGCCAGGACUGCAGUCUGGAGGCCUUCCGCCCCAUUGAAGAGAAGAUCAGGCUGGCAGACAUGGCUGAACGCAUGGGAGGCGGGGUGGCCACAACCAGAGUGGCCAAGUUCUUAGCAGCGACCCUGAAGCGAACUGUGCUGGUGCAGGUGCUGACCCUUCGCCCUCGCCUGUGCACGCACUAUAUCAACCACCUCCGUGUUCGUGGCGACUGGUACACGGCCCACGAGAUUGCACGCGCAUGCAACCAUCACAACAAGACUGCGGACGAGGUGUUAUUGCGGCAUGUCUACGGGACGGCGGAUCCGACCACCGCAAUGGAGCGCAUGGCCGCUGCCCUCAGGGAAUUGCACCGUCACGAUCGCUCUGAGACGGCAUCUCUGCUCAAGCAGGACAAGCACCUUCUUGCCAUGCAGGUGGUGACACUCGCAAAUGUACACACGGACACUUCCACGGAACCUGUUGUUUCAUCGACCCCGCUGCGGGUGCCCAUCAUCGCAACAUCACAAAUUGCCAUCGAGCCUUCAUGA